UGCACUUUCCUCACGCUGUCAGAUCGUGAGGAAAGUACUGCCGAGAACCGGCAGUUGUCAGAGCGGGGAUCGGCACCGAUCAUCAGGGCACUGAUGAUCAGUGCCCUGCUGUGCCCAGCAGUGCACCCACCUGUGCCACUCUGCAGUGCCACCUACCUGUGCCCAGAAGUGCCACCUACCUGUGCCCAGCAGUGCCACCCACCUGUGCCCACCAGUGCCACCAGUGCCACCCACCUGUGCCCACCCACCAGUGCUGCCCACCAGUGCCACCCACCAGUGCAGCCCAGCAGUGCUGCCAGUCAG